AUGGCGUCUAGCAAUGGGUCUGCAGAUCAAAUCCCAUCCGGAUCUUUUUUGGAUUUCACUGAGCCAGAAUGCUCGGUGAUUUUCUUCGGAUUUCUGACGUCGUCCAUCAUCGGCACAGCGUGCAACUUAUUCUUACUGCUUGUUCUUCUAGUGAAAAUGUGGUGUGAGUCUAUGAAUAAAUCUGCCUCGGACCAGUUAGUAGCUUGUCUGACCACGAUCGACCUCAUCGCUUGUUCUCUACUAUUUCCUCUGGAAUGUGAACAUUUUUCGCACCCCGAUUGCAACAUCGAUCAAAGACGAUUCGACAAGUUUCUCACUCUGUUCCUCGAACUCGCCUCCACCGGCGCUCUCCUAAACAUCGCUGUGUGUCGCUAUCUCAUGGUAUGCUGGGCUACUAGAGUUAAAGUCUCCUUCAACAUCAGCUUAGUCAUGAGUUCGGCAAAUAUUCUCAUCUCUAUGGCGGGUGCAGCAGCCGCUAUUUUGCUGCAGACGACAGAAAUCACGAUUCUGAUCUACUUGUUGGGGAUCCUGUCAGUGAUGGUUCUGAUGGCACUGCUCUACUUUCUCAUCUUCUGGAAACUGUACAAGCGAGCCGAAGUGGCCCGCAAACGCAGUAAAAAUGCUAUCCUGUCUUUGCAAUCUGGUUCUCAGAAGACAGGAGUGGCGGCAACGCCAUCCAUUCCUCAGAUUGAGUUGACACCUGUGGAACACAACGAAGACCAGGAGCACGAGGAAUUGGCCAGCUCCAAAAAAUUAAAUCGCAAUAAAGAGACUACCUUCAAUAGAGAGAGUCUGAAAGAACACACGGAAGACUCGCUGCACUACAAAAAGCGCAGGUCUGUCAACUUUGUCGCAAAUCCACUGGCGAGUCUAAAACAGACGAAAACUUCGUCUGAAAAGAAGUCGCACCAAGUUUCGCAGAUGGAACUUAUGAUGAAGCGAUCGGCGAAAAUCUUCGUGAUAAUCACCGCUUUGUACAUCUUUUGUUUUCUGCCUAACGCUAUUUUGACUAUAUGUUACUUUAUCAUUGGACAGACAUUCAUAACACGAGCAAAACCGGUCAUAAUCGAGUACAUCAUCAAAUACGUAAACCUGUUUUACAACAUCAACUUCAUUCUGAUGCCGCUGGUGUAUGCUAUUCUGAACAGACAGUUCCGAGAGGACUGUGGGAAGCUGAAGAUGAAAAUGUUCGGAGGAGAUUCCCGGGUGAACGGAAAGGGUUCGCGGUCGCCCAGUUCAAGGUCGCCGAGAAUGAGAGCGGUGAAAAGCCGCGCCGAUAGUGGUGUGACCGGAAACCAUCUGGUAGCGAUGCACAACCCAGAUCAACUUUCAGUUGUGGUUUCAAAUGUAGGCAACUCGAACAUUUCCAAGAUUUAG